AUGUUUAGCCGUUAUUGGAAGGAUCCCAGUCGCGAGUCCAAGGUACUGCUGGAAAGCGGGAAUCAUGUGCUGCUAUACAAUGAUCAGCGGGGCAUCUCACAGGGUGAGGUUUUUCGCUACAUUAUCAAAGUAGAUAAGGCGCAACUCGAUGCCAAGACCAAGAUCGAAGAGCUGGUUCUGAGAAUUAAGAACGUUGAGUCGCCGUUAUUGAGGCCUAUUUAUUUGACUGGGCCGUAUUCUGUCUAUGCGGAGGUCCGGCCGUACAAUUAUGACGAGAACACAGCCUUCCAGGGCGAUGAUUUGCAAUUUAUCAGUGAUUUGAAACCGGACGAGGCAUUCAGCGCUACGCUGAAACUAAAUGGCGACUCGCAGGUCGGAGAAAGUACAGUCUAUUCAUGGACGGUGGACGUGCUGUCGCAGAUGACAUUGAUGGUGGACCACCCUAUUUUGGUCCGCCUAAGCAUUGGCAACACACGGAGUAUCGUGAAGGCAGCGAUGAAAACUCCGGCCAGGGCUGUUGAGCCAGUGAGCGGCUUCACAGUCGAGAUUCAGGAUACUAUGACGGUGUGGAACGAGCCGCCUCUGUUUCCCGAGCGCCCUGUGCACUUGGUGAUAGUGACGCAUGGCAUAUUCUCCAAUAUUGGCUGCGAUAUGCUAUACCUACGGGAUAGGUUGAAGAAGUGCGCCGAUGCGGUGGAGGAAAACUGCAAUCAAAAUGUGGUAGUUCGGGGCUACCAUGGCAAUAUAGGUAAGUCGCAUAAAGGCAUCGAAUACCUGGCUAUGCGUGUAGCGGACUACGUCCUGAAAACCAUUGCGCAAAUGCGCAACGAGUACGUCCUAGACAGGAUUUCUUUUAUAGGGCACUCGCUGGGGGGAUUGGUUCAGACCUUCGCCAUACAGUACAUGCUGGAACGGGAUCCGGGGAUCUUCAGUCCUCAAGCCGGAGGGCUACGCCCCAUGAACUUCAUUGCUUUGGCCAGUCCUUUUCUUGGUGUUAUCGGGGAUUUUCCGCUAUAUGCUACGGUCGCGUUAAAUUUUGGUGCAUUGGGCAGGACAGGUAAGGACCUCAACCUUAAGAAUGAUUUUGCAAUCUCGGAGCUCGUACGGAACCCGAAGCAGGCGUACAAUCGGCGACCAGUCUUGGAAUCGAUCGUUUCAGGGUCUAUGAAAUCGGUGCUUCAGGCCUUUUCCAACCGUACGUUAUACGCGAACGCACUACACGACGGAAUUGUGCCCCUGCGCACCUCAGCAUUACUGUACCUGGACUGGUAUAGUCUUCAAGAGGUCAACCUCAUUGGUGCGCAGGAAGGCGCUGAGACUUUUGACCUCGGGGAGGAAGACCAUGCGUUGAAGCGUUAUGACACAGUAGAGAUACCUCCAGACCUCUCUGAGAAAAAGGACACAAUCCGUUGGUUAUUACCGCGUGCUCUCAUCAAAAGGCGUCAUAAGUGGUAUAAGAGGUCGCAAACGGUUAAACCAGGUAUCGAACAGUUGUGGGACGAAGACAGCGACUACCAUCCUCUAACGAAGGCAUCCGCUUUGAGUUCAGCCGCGAAUAUUCUAGUCGCCCCUCCCCCUACACAGGAUUACUACAAGGAUCCUCAAUCCCGGACUGACUACAUAUUCCACGACAAACGUUACUCCCCUGAAGAGUUGCCGCCAGCGUACUAUCGCAACAGAGAACUGUUGAAGAAAAUACUAUACCCGAACGACAAGGUUCACAGGACGCAAGAAAAAAUCGCCAGAGGAUAUCAGGAAUCAAUGAGCUGGAGGAAGGUGCUGGUCAACAUCCAGCCAGAAUCUCAUAAUAAUAUCAUUGUGCGUAGACGUUUUGUUAAUUCGUUUGGGUGGAUAGUAAUUGAACAUUUAGUAAACGAACACUUUGGUCGCCGAGCCUCCCGUUCUGAUUGA